AUGAACCUGGGAAUUUACGCCGUUGCUGCUAUAACCGCGAUGAUUGCCACGACAACCAGUGCGCAGCAGCUCUGCUCGGCUCCAAGCUGCGCGUAUAGGUAUUCGGAAUCAAAUACGGAGACCAGUGAGUGCUGCCGAAAGCGAAGUAUGGACUUUAACGAGUGCUGCAGGCAGAGUUGCAGUCUGGCUCCCCAUGCUGAGGUUAAUGCGAUGGAUUUCGGACACGUUCCUGCAUCUGAGCUCGUGAUGCUACUAACUAAUGGGGUCCGGACACUUUACCACUUAGCUUUGAUCUCGUUCCUUCGCAAUAAAGAUGAUCUUGCCCUUUGUCCUCAGUCUUUAAAUUGUGCUAAUUCUAAUUUCAUAGUACCUGCUAUUUGUUUCAUAGCUUUAAUUUGA